AAUCGACACGGCCCAUCUCAUCACACGACGGGAUCAGCGCAAACCCCGGACCACCAGACUGCCUAUCUCAACGCUAUUAGAUAAUUGUUUCAUCAGGAUGAGAGAUCCCAGGGCCGGAAAAUUGCGUCCCCUCCGUAAGAUCCUAAAGGAUCCAACAGAGGAGGUCCACAUUUACUGUUUUGAUGCACAUUUGCCUGCCGCCCCUCAAACAAAAGGGAUACUUCUCCGAAAGGUCCUUAAGAUUUGUCAGAAACACCCAGAGGAUAUUGAGGCAAUCUUCAGCUCAAAUGUUUUCCAUUGGGACACUCAUUCGAGAAAUUUUCUCAUACCCCCUGAGGCGAUGCAAUUUCUCAAAAAGAUUACAAUCAAAACACGUGCCCUUGAACACACUUUGUCGCUUUCAAUGGAAAGACAGCCAGACAGUCAAGGAAGUGCUCUCCGCGCGCUCUUAGCGUGGUUGGAUAUCGGAUUCCAUACCAACCCCUUCAAAAUUGAUAUCUCAUUCCCAUCAACACCGUUUGCCCACGCGGUGGAGACCAUAUUCACCCUACAGAAAGAGCACCUCUUGCCAUGGUUCCCAACUGUGGAUUGCAAAAGAUCGAAGCUCAAUCCAGACGCGAUCCUAACAGACGUUUCAGGUACCACAUUUCAUAUGAGUAUGAUGGAACCGCUCCGUGCCAGUGCAACGUUUGAGACAGCGAGCAUCUCCGGCCCUAUAUUCCUUGAAAAAUAUAUCAGAGGCCUCGGACAGCUGUCAUCAAUCUAUGUUGGGAGGCAUCUCGAGAAUGACGAAGCGGCAAAGCCAACCGCAAAUGGAAAUGUCGGAAAUCUUCAUUCAUCAAAGCCGACAGAGACUUCUUCCAAAUAUAGCAAGUGUAACUUGCUGCCAGCACACGUCCAUUGUUGAACAUAUUACAACGACCAUCCUACUUGAGAUCGAGAAAUUUGUUAUCG